CUCACGUCCAGUUGGAAAACACAGUCUCAUCUAUAAUUUCGAAUAACAAAAGAAUGGCGCAUUUUUCUGUCGCCUCACUCACCCAAGUUGUUUUGCUGUUGAUUUUCAUCUGUUGGACGCCGAGUUCGACUGGCGCUGCCUUUUCUUUGGAGGAAGAAUUCCUACAACUGAAGAUUCAAAUGAAACAAGUCGUGAAAAGUUUUGAGGCCAAAGAUGAACAACUGAAAAGUUUGGAGAAUAAAGUUGAACAACUAAAGAGCUUGGAAUCGACAGCGAUUGAACUGCAGGCCAAAGUGACUGUACUGGAGGCCAAAGUUGAACAACAAGAUUCGCUUUUAACUUCCCUUUUACGAGAGAAAAAUGAAUGCACAGCAGAAGCAACCGACUCGAUUCCAAUUAGCAAUUAUCCAUCAGCUGUUGCAAUCCCGGGAAUACCGUCUUCGUGCGCGGAUCUAAGAGAGAUUGGCCACAUUUGGAGCGGAAUUUUUUCCGUCAUGGGAUCGGCGAAAAUGGAAUCCGUUUACUGCAAUUUCACUUUACUAACUGACGAUGCGGGUUUCCAGAAAUGGAUCGGAUAUGUUGACGUCAAAUCGGCGCCCGUCUAUUUCUACGUUCAAAGGAAUUCUAAUUUUGGCACAGAAAACAUUCCAAUUCCGUUCGACUUGGCGUUGGUGAACGAGGGAAAUGCCAUGGAUUUGACAUCGGGGAUAUUCACGGCACCAGCACAGGGAAUUUAUUUUUUCUCUUUCGCGGGAGUGGCGCGUCUUUAUGCUUCAUCUUAUGCUGAACUUACUGCUGAUCUUUAUUUGAACGGGAAUCUAAUCGGGGGGAUUUUAGUUCGAGAUACUGUAGGCUCCGCAGAUCCGUUAAGUCCGUUGAGCUUCCAGUCGACGCUGAACUUGAAAACAGGCGAUCGAGUUUGGGUGCAGAUGAAUUCUGGUGGGACACCCUCGUUUUUGUCCGAUUACACCAGUUACCACCACACUCAUUUCACGGGUUUCAUGUUGGAAGAGGAAAUUGUGGCGUCCCUUUGAGGUUCAACAUAAUCGGCGACACGAAACAUUUUCGACCCAUACAUUUUUGUUUCAUGUCGACACGAAAUUUUGGGGAAAGGACUCUGAAAGGGGGAAGGGAAGAUAAUUCAUUCAUGUUUCAAUUCAUUAAGGAGCAGGCAUUUCUUUGCCAAAAUUUGUCAGUGUAUGCAACAUAACUUA